AUGAAGGCAGCAGAAGCAGCAGCAGCAGCAGCAGGGCCCCACCAGGGGGCCCCCAUGAAGGCCAAGGGGGCCCGCCUGAGCCCCCUCAGUGCCAGAAGCCCCAGUGUGUCUCCGCCGCGGACUCCAGCCUUCAGCAGCAGAAGCAACGCCAGCUGCAGCAGCCCCCGCAGCUGCUGCAGCCCCAGCAGCAAGAGCAGCAGCAGCAAAGUGUGCAACACUCCCCGUAACUCCAGCAGCAGGACCUGCAGCAGUCCACGCAACUACGAUGCUAGCAGCAGGGUCUGCAGCAGUCCCCGCGGCAACAACAACAACAGCAACAACAGCAGCAGCAGCAGCAGCAGCAGCAAGAGCUGCAGCAGCCCCCGCAGCGGCAGCGGCAGCAGCAAAAGCUGCUCCAGCCCCCGCAAUAACAGCAGCAGCAGCAGGAGCUGCGUCAGCCCCCGCCACAGCAACAGCAACAGCAUGAGCUGCAGCAGCCCCCGCCACAGCAACAGUAGCAAGAGCUGCAGCAGUCCCCGCCACAGCAGCAGCACGGUCAACAGCAAACGCUGCACGAGUCCGCAGAACAGCAGCAGCAACAACAAAAGCUGCAGCAGUCCCCACCACGGCAGCAGCACCAGUAGCAACAGCAGCAGCAACAGCAGCAGCAACAGCAGCAGCAACAGCAGCAGCAACAGCAGCAGCAGCAGCAGUAGCGAUGGCUUCGAGACGCGGCUGCUGCCUCUUCCCCGCUGCAUGCGUGCUGCACCUGACCCUGCCUGUGUUGCUGAAAGAGAGCAGCAGCUGCUGCGCUACAUUGCUUCAUUGCAAGAAGGAGGCCAGAGCAGCAGCAGCAGCAGCAGCAGCAUCAACAAGCAAGAGGGCUGGAUAGAGCUUGAGUACCCUGCCGGCCCUGCUGCAUCUGCGAGCUCUGCUGCUGCAGCAACAGCAGCGGCAGCAGCAGCGGCAGAAGCAAGCACAGGCGACCCCACAAAGCGUGCCCCCCAGGACGACCCAGACAGCAGCGCUCCGUGGGGUUUGGCCGUGAGGGUGCAGGUGCAGCUGCUGCAGCAAGUUUUGAGUUCAACUUUGCCGCGACAAGUGUUUGAACAUUGCUUCCGACUGGGGAUCCCCGAAGGGCCAGACGCAGCAAGAGCAGCAGAAAAAAAAAGGAUUCAAAACGCUCUCAGGAGAACCAAGGAGCACCUCGAGCGGCUGCUGCCUUCUCCCUUAGACUUAGCAGCAGCAUUUGAGCAGCUGAAAGCAGCAAGCGAGUCCCUGGGAUCUUCCGACCCCAGCAGUUCCCGACCCCAGGCAGCAGGGCGUAUCCGUUGGGGUGCCCCCCCGGGGGCCCCGGCUAUGGAGGCGCUGGGGUGGUGGCCGUGCGAACUGAACAGCAGCGACAAGAAAGAAGUGCUGCUGAGUUUGUCGCUGGCCGACGAAGUGGCGCACCCGAAGGCGAAGUUGGCGGCGAAGAAGGUGCUGCCGCAGGGAGUCACUAAAAGAGGGUUUGUGCUGGCUCUCGAGUACCUCCCUUUCAACCUGCCCGAGUGGCCCAUAACUCACGAUCGCCUCCCUGUGGCUGGCCGUACCGACGGCCUGAAGAAGCUGAUCUCGGGGCCUGCUGCGGCUGCGGCUGCUGCUGCUGCUGCAGACGCAGAUGCUGCAGCAGCAGCAGCUGCUGCGUACCCCUUCGGCUUCAGCGGAGUGCCCCUCGUCGUUUCCCCUCGCCAGCCGGUCUCCUUGCAGCACGUGGCCUUUCCUGUGCGGAAGCUGCCCAGCAGCAGCAGCAGCAGCAGCAGCAGCAGCAGCAAUCAGCAGCAGCAGUCGCCUGCUGCUAUCCAGGAGGCCGUGCUGCUCUGCCAGGCAGCGCUGCUGCUUUGCCUCAUAUUUGGCCUCGACGUCUUCAGCGAAUUCCCCAACCUGAAAGUGCCAACUUCCUGCAAUGCAGCGGCAGCAGCAGCAACAGCAGCAACAAGGACUGCUGCGUCUGCUGCUGCCAGCGCAGCAGCAGCAGCGGCGAGUGCAUCUGCUGCUGCAGCGGAUUCUGCAGCAGCAGCUGCUGCUGCGAAGCGAGCUGCAGGGCAAGCCACCGACAAGCAGAGUGCAGCAAUCGCUGCUGCUACUGCUGCUGCUGCUGCUACUGCUGCUGCUGCUGUUGAAAGGCUUCUUUGUGACUCCCCUCUUUUCCUUGAAGCUGGACAGAUGGAGCCAAGUGUCUACAUCAAGGCCUCUGCACCAAGCAGAAGCAGCACCAACCGAAAUAGCACCAGCAGCAGCAGCAGCAGCAGCAGAACGCAGUCUGUGAGCGGACAAAGAAGCUCCUGCAAGCGCCUGCAGCAGCAGCAGCAGCAAAACGGCACUUCAAAGCCAGAUCCUCUCCACGGAGUUUCCAUCCGAAGGGCCAAGGUUCCCAGCUGGCAUUUAGCUCAAGACUUUCUGCUGAGCCGGCUGGUGUCAGUGGAAGAGCUGCAGGCUGCGCUGCCGUGUCUGCUGCCAGUGGACUGGGUUGCUGCUGCUGUGUCUCUGCUGGUGGGAGCCGCAACAGCAGCACUUUCGCCAGUGGAGUGGCUGGGGCUGCUGCGGGCCUCUUUGGAGGGGCCCCCAGCAGCAGAUUUGAAAGUUGUGGGGCAGCGCUAUGCUGCAGUGCAUCCCCGUCCGACUCCGUUGAAAGCCUCGCCUGCUGUGAUUCGAACGAUGCGUCUGCUGCAGCAGCAGCAGCAGCAGCGCCAGCAGCAGCAGCAGCAGCUGCAGCAGCAGCAGCAGCAGCAGCACGAGCUCGAGGAGUCCUGGAGGGCCACUUGCGCCCCCAGCCGCAUGGGGCUGCGCUGGAGCUCCUUCACGACG